UGAGGAUGUAAACAGGCAAACGGACGUAACUCUGUCGUGUUCUAUCAAGAAGACCAACUAACUUUGUGAAUAUUUAAACCACGCUAAUUUUCUGCUUGUCGACGUUACAUCGAGCAACAUGCGUCUAGUUCUCCCGCUACUGGCGGUGUUGGUGGUUAACUUUUCUAGUUCGGUGCUUUUAAGUGCGGCGGAAGAUUUGACAUCAAAUGACUGUCUUAUCGAUAAAGCAUUUAUCAAAGCCCGUGAAGGUUUCCGUGUAAAUGGAUAUCUUCCUGAAGACGAAGACGGUAAUAUUCAUGAAAACAGUGGAGUCACUAUCGGCAAUGGCGUUGACCUGGGAAGUAAAAAUGCCAACUAUUUCCGUGACAUGGGUGUCCCUGAAACAAUCAUAACAAAAUUCACGCCGUAUUUUGGAUUAAGGGGAACGGCAGCACAAAUCAAACUGGAUGAAAUACCGCUUCAUCUAGAAGAAGACGAAGCCACAGAUCUCAGUCGCCGUGUCAUGGAUAAGGAAAUAACCGACGUCAGAAGAGCAUACGAUAAUAAAGUGACGGAAAUUGGGAAUACAAAUCUGAAGAAGUACGAUGAACUGACUGUUGCACAGAGAACUGUCAUUGCUUCCGUUUAUUUCCAAUAUGGCAGUCCAGGGAGGUUCCCAACAUUCUGGGGUCAUGUGACCAAUCAACGCUGGAACGAUGCUAUUGCGGAACUAAGGGACUUCGGAGACGACUUCGGGACUAGAAGAAAUCUGGAAGCAGACUUACUGGAAGAAGACUCCGGUAAAACGAACCUGUGUUCAAGUCCCGAUACAAGUCCCAGUUCCGAUGCAAGUCCCGGGCCAAGUCCCGAUUCAGAUUUGGCAUCAAAUGACUGUCUUAUUGAUAAAGCAUUUAUCAAAGCCCGUGAAGGUUUCCGUGUAAAUGGAUAUCUUCCUGAAGACGAAGACGGCAAUAUUCAUGAAAACAGUGGAGUCACUAUCGGCAAUGGCGUUGACCUGGGAAGUAAAAAUGCCAACUAUUUCCGUGACAUGGGUGUCCCUGAAACAAUCAUAACAAAAUUCACGCCGUAUUUUGGAUUAAGGGGAACGGCAGCACAAAACAAACUGGAUGAAAUACCGCUUCAUCUAGAAGAAGACGAAGCCACAGAUCUCAGUCGCCGUGUCAUGGAUAAGGAAAUAAUCGACGUCAGAAGAGCAUACGAUAAUAAAGUGACGGAAAUUGGCAAUACAAAUCUGAAGAAGUUCGAUGAAUUGACUGUUGCACAGAGAACUGUCAUUGCUUCUGUUUAUUUCCAAUAUGGCAGUCCGGGGAGGUUCCCAAAAUUUUGGGGUUACGUGACCAAUCAACGUUGGAACGAUGCUAUAGCGGAACUGAGGGACUUCGGAGACGACUUCGGGACUAGAAGAAAUCUGGAAGCAGACUUGCUGGAAGAAGACUCCGGGAAAACGAACCUGUGUUCAAGUCCCGAUCCAAGUCCCAGUCCCGAUGCAAGUCCCGAUCCAACUUCUGAUCCAAGUCCAGAUUCAGGCGUCGCCGUAGUAUCACAAGACUGUCUUAUCGACAAAUCAUUCAUCAGAGCUCGUGAAGGUUUCCGUAUGGAUGGAUACGUUCCCAAAGACAAACAUGGUAACGUCCAUGCAAACAGUGGAGUCACUAUCGGUAGUGGUGUCGACCUGGGAAGUAAAAACGCUAAAUAUUUCCGGGAUAUGGAUGUCCCUAAAACAAUCAUAACAAAAUUCACGCCGUAUUUUGGUCUAAGGGGAACGGCAGCGCAGAACAAACUAAAUGAAAGAGGGCUCCAUCUCGAAAAAGACGAAGCAACACAACUCAGUAACCGUGUCAUGGACAAAGAAAUAGAUGACGUCAGGAGAGCGUACGACAAUAAAGUGGCGGAAAUAGGGAAUAGAAAUCUAAAAAAGUACGAUGAAUUGACUGUUGCACAAAGAACUGUCAUUGCUUCUGUUUAUUUCCAAUAUGGCAGUCCGGGGAGGUUUCCGACAUUCUGGGGUCACGUGACCAAUCAACGCUGGAACGACGCUAUAUCCGAGCUGAGAGACUUCAAAGAUGAUUUCCCAACUCGUAGAAAUCUUGAAGCAGAUUUACUGGAAAAUGACUCCGGGGAAACUACACUAUGCUCAGAUUACAUUGGCUGUUACAAGGACGAUGCAUCGUUGCCAGCCCUGAUACACAAAUCAACGUCAAGUUCCAUAACUUCCGUAGAUACAUGUGCGUCGUACUGCCGAGCGAGGGCGUACCCGUAUGCCGGACUUCAGUACACGUCAUCGCAGUUGAGUUGUCGGUGUGGGGAGUCGUACGCACAGUAUGGAACAGCCAAUGAUCCAACCGAGUGCUCGCAUGAAUGUCGUUAUUCUAUUAGGGGCACCCUCUGUGGCGGAAACUUGAGAAAUUCAGUAUACAGAACAGGUUAUAUAGGUUGCGUGGACAAGUCGCACUCUUCGUUGAACUAUGAAACGUUUUCAUCUGACCGCAUGUACCCACAUCACUGUGUGGCGCUGUGUUCCAAAAAGGGUUACGAAUAUGCCGGGUUGACGCAAGGAGACACUUGUUCCUGUGGAAAUGGUCAACAACAAAGUAAUAUGGUCCCAAGAUCUGAUUGCGGGACGCGUUGUUCUGGUAGAGGUAGUGAUGUCUGUGGCGGGGUGAAUAAAGUUGCCGUUCUACGUACAGGAAUUGCACUCUCCUGCCUAGAGAUGGCAGAUAACGGUGAUUGUGAAUUCUUCAAGUGUUUCAAAGACCGACAUAGCAUCUGUCCUUCAUCCUUAGAUAUCACCAGUGUCUUGCACGAUAGAUGUAAAAGUUUGCCUGAUGGGUUCCGCCAGUCAAUAUUCAGAUGCGUAGGAUUGAAAAUGUUGGACGAAUAUAAACAUAUACCGCAGGUGUACAGUUCCACCAAGUGCUAUAAUUUGUAUAUCGACGGCCAGAAUCACUAUUCCUCCUGUGUUCAACCACCUAUCUCAAAUCGGUUACGCCGGGAUGCAUCGACUGGUAGCUUAUACGAACACUUGAAGAAUGCCGAGAACUUAGAAGCUUAUAAAGCGAGCAUUGACCAGCUGUUAUCUACGGUUAACCAGGACCCACAAAGCGCUACGUUGAAGUUUCUCCAACAAGAAGUGGAAAAACUGACCUUGUACUUCCAUCUUGGAAAUUUCCAUGACCUUGAUGGAAUUCUGGAAGCAAUGAAGACCAGUGUCAGGCAGAGAUUGCUGGAAGGAGUCUCGUCAACCCCACCCACACUAUCUGGUGAUAGCUCUUGUGAAGAAUUAGCGACUUUCGGUGACUGUGAUUUCUUUGAUUGUUUUGAGAAUCGAUAUACAUGUGGCCCAGACGGGUUCGCACUCUCUUUUGGAAAGGUGUUCUGUGAGCAAGAAAACAAGUACAAGAUGUAUCUGAAAAACUCAGGCGGCACGUCAAUGGGCAACGUACAAACGUGUGUGAUGAACGCCAUGCUGACUGAAUACCGGAAGAACUCGAGUUCGUGCAAAGAUAUCGAGUUCAACAUGCUGGAUGCUUACCGUGGCUGCUAUGACCAAUACUUUGACUGUGACUUUGUACGAGAUAAUCAGUUCCAAUUGACAAACAUCUAUGCCCUGCCGCAAUUAUCAAGUACAACCUUACAAGACGUAGCUAAAAGUCUCGUAGUUACGACUUUGUGUCACAACCACGGCUCUACUCUUUAUUCAAUCAUAGAUAAUGUCAAAUUCCUUACAAACUAGACUACGUGAUUUGUAUGUUGGAGUAGCCAUACACUCUGAUGUAUCUUUCGUCACAAGUCGUGCAGUAAUCCCUACAAUCGUCCUCCAAAUAUAUAUCUAUCACAUCACUGCAUGCCAAGUAAACAUUUGAUUUGCAACAACGGAAAAUCCCGUAAAGCUGCAAUAAUUUGGCGCUUUUGUUUGUACGUAUGAGACGGUAGUCGCGCAUGCCAUGAAGAAACUUCGAACGAGGCUACAAGCUGUUGACGUAACCAGACAGUAUAUAACGUGCAUUAGAAACCAGUUUAUGGAAUUUAAUUUGCUUUGUCUUAAAAGUGGUAAUAUUUUAGGACAUAUUGCUAGAACUAUGUUAUUUAUAUCUGGAACACCCGAAAAGUGUUUCCUGGAUAGACCGUCCGGCGGCGGGAGGGGGAUAUCGCUCACCCGAGAAGAAGAAAAGAACAACAACACGUCAUACAAUAUUUGAUGACGUCACAUAUACAGGGUGAAUAACAUGCCACGAAUUACGACACUUUCUACUAUACAUGUAUUAUAUAUUUAUUCCAGAAUACUGUAAAAGGGUUAAUUAUUCACUGGGUUUUAAUUUAGCUUAUUUCGCUGACUGGAAAAUGCGCUAAAUUAAAACCCAGUGAAUAUGUAAAAUUUGGCAUAGAACACAUUAUCUAAAUGAUAACACUGUGAAUUUAAAACCUGAAAUGGUAAAUCAGUGAAAAUUAGUCAUUUUACAGUAAUGUGCGUAUUUUUGUUAUAACUCUAAAUAAACAUGCUA